ACGCAGCCUUGGUUUCCAGGGAGUGGCACCUGCACCUGUCCGACCUGUUUGGGGGACACAUGACUCCGGAGGAAUUUCCUCCACUGCUCCCGUCCUUUGUUCAACGGAGUCUUUUCAGUGGGAGACAGAGGGUGAGAGCCAGAGGAGAGGGGGAGAUAGAGAGAAGAGAGAGGGAGAUUUAGAGAUGUCGGAACCAGCCACUAAUCCCGCUGCCACCUCGUUCCCAGCGCCAACUAUUUCUCUACCUUUGGGACUGGAAGUAUUGAGAACUUACUCUGGAGCACUUGUCUGUGUAGAAAUAUUAUUUGGUGGUCUAGUAUGGAUCCUGGUGGCUUCCUCCAAUGUGCCCGUGCCUCUGCUGCAGGGCUGGGUGAUGUUUGUCUCCCUCACCACCUUCAUCCUCUCCUCCGCCUACCUCACGAUCCUCGUCACUGGCCUGGCUGACCGCAUCAUCACUGACUGGAAUUUCCUGGAUGUGUUUUACCAUUUUAUAGCAUUGCUCUUCUACUUUGCCGCCUCCGUUUUGGAGGCAGCAACUACAGCGGCUAAUGGAGGAGCUAUCAUCAAGCUACAGCCUAACAGCACUGAAACUGUCAUGUGUAUAACUUACCCUCGGGGCAAUAUAUUCACGGUCCUGGAUGAAAGGCAAUACAGUAUUAAUGUGGCCGCCACGAUAUUUGCGUUUGUGGUGACAUUAUGUUACGGAUGCAGUAUGGUGAUGGGCUUCAAGAGGUGGAGGGGGUAACCGGAAAACCAGCUCAAACUAGUUUAAUAACUUCAGCAAGUAUUGAAACAUCAGCACACCAUCCAGAGCUCCAUAGAGAAGACUGUGUUAUUUAGUUCAGUUCGGUGCAAACUUUGUUAUUUCCUGAUUCAUAAGAGGUAAAUAUACAACAUAUCUUCCUCAGUCAAACAUCUGUUACGAUUACUGGACGAUAAUAUUCCUACGAGAUUUCUUCUCCUGAGGUUCUGAAAGGUUUGGGUUCAGGUAUGUUCAGUUUGUGCUGUUAAAGGUAUUUUGAGGACACGGUUAAAGAAUAGCAGUUUAAGUUAAGUUGUAUAUGAUACAAGGCUACACAGGGUAAUGCGUAAUGUAAGUGAUGCUUGUGGUUUUUUUUCCCACUUUCUUAAUCAUACAUAUAUUGCCCCAUUUCCUGAAUAACAUCCUCAUUGGAGGCAACAUUUCCCAUUUCUAACACCGCUAAAAACAUGCCUACGUAUGCUGCUAAUAGGUUACGCACAAACAGAACACGUGAUGUGAUGGUGCAAUUUGUUUGAAAGAUGAUUGUUUUCACUGUCCUCCAGUUAACCGCAUUCUCACUUUAGAUUUUAACAUGACUGUUAUUACAUGUUUUGUAAGUGGCCACUAUUUAAAAUGCAAGUUGAUCUGAUAUUUGAAUUUCAAAUUUGUUAUUUCUUAUUCUAAGUGCUUUUUGUCAAAUUUCAGCAUAUGCAGCAUAACCGUUUGUCCGAAUUUAUAACUAUUGUACAUUCUCAGUCCAUAGUAGUUACAUAAUAAUAUCUGUCACUGUUUAAACCUUCUGGGUGAUGUCCUAUGUGACUUAUUGAUUACUAUCAUUUGACCAAUCUGUCAUUCUGUUGAGCUCUACUCAAACUAAUUUAUUUAAUCUAACCAUACAUAAAAAAUGCUUUAUUUCAAACAGUGAUUUUAAUCUACUAAUGGAUAAUUUAAUGUAUGUAGAGUAUGUUUUUAGCGUUUGACCCUUAUUGUAGCUGUGUUGUAACUGAUGCAUCAUAAAAGUACACAAAUUAAUAAACAUUUUGCUACAUGAUUUAUUAGUUGUAUCUACUGUAUAAUUUUUUGCAUUAGGCUAUUAAAUGUCAAUAAUAUAAAAUGUUGUUUUAAAUGAA